AUGCAACAAGCAAUUCCUUAUAGGUCAUAUACACACACAACUUCCACCACUCACUUCAAUGUUACCAAACCAAACACAUUAACAAAUAAAAUCCACAAUUCAAACAAUCAUUCAUCUCAUAUCUUUUCCACCUUUAAUAUAAAUGAAGACCAGAAAACAAUCAUUCAUAACAUGGUAUCAGAGAACGCGAUUAUAGUCUUCGCUAGGCGCGGAUGUUGUAUGAGCCACGUCGUGAAGCGGUUGCUUCUCGGCCUCGGCGUUAAUCCGGCUGUACAUGAGGUUGAAGAGAAAGAUGUAGUUGAAGUUGUUAAAGAAUUGGAAUCAAUUGCAAUUGAUGAUGGGAAGGUUCAAUUUCCAGUGGUGUUUAUAGGUGGAAAAUUGUUUGGAGGAUUGGAUCGGAUUAUGGCCACUCAUAUUUCUGGUGAAUUGGUCCCUAUUCUCAAACAAGCUGGGGCUUUAUGGCUCUAA